AUGCGGCCAGCGUGCUGGCUGCAUUUCGGGACGACUGACACGGGCGAACACUUGGGUACACAGCUGAACACUGGACAGAACAAGUGCGGACAGCGGCGGCUCUCGACCGGGACUGACUCUGCCUCGCCCUGGUCGAUACCCUGCUCCCCCCCUCCGCCCCGGGACCUGGAGCCCCCUCCCCCCUACAGCUGCCUCACCCCCUGCCGGACCCUGCCGCCCUCCUUGUACAACAGGUUAGCAUGCGUGCGCCGCCUGUAA